AUGUUGAGUUCAGUCAAACAGUAUGUGUCUGAGAAGCGGGCAACCUUCACAAAAGCUGCAGGAGUAGUAGGCAGCGUGUACUUGGCAGGCAAGUAUGUCAGUGACCGGCUAGAGGAGACGAGGGAGCAGCUUAUGCAGGAAAGGUCUGCAAAAGACAAUCUGCGACGUCGGUUCUACCAGAACCAGGAACAUGUUUCUUUCACGGUUAUGGCGUUAAUAUCAACGCUUUCGGAGCAAGUCGUCGAAGGCAUGGACGUGGAGAGCGUGACUGGGGAACUCCAGGCGAUGUCAAAGUCGGUCGUGAAGGCACCGUUAUCAGCAAACCCUGGGACGACCACAAUACUACCUCCGCAGCCGGCAGAAACGUCGACUUCAGACUCUCUAAACAAUUCUGAUCCCACACAAUUCCAUACGCCGAUGAUCGACUUGGAUGCGCAGUCGGAGACGCACUCAGCCAUCUCCUCAAACCCCUCAGAAGACGCAGUGUCAAAUAUGGAACACUCUUCUCGGAGCUGGAUGACGGACAACAUUUCCAUCGCGCCGUCGUCUACGUCCGAACUUGUACAGCUAGAAACGCCGACAACGGAUACUACUGACCCUAUGUCUCUAUCUGUGACCAGCUCGGACGCAUUGAACACCCAUCCUAAUGGCCUAUCAGAGUCUCUGAUCAGCACCGGGAGCUCAAUGUCGACGAGAGACCCGAGUUCCUCGACAUCUUCCAGUACACGAACAAAAUCAGAACUCUGCGGGCUUCGAGGCGGCGGCGAAUCAGGUGGGCUUGAGGGUUUGUUGGCUUCUUUAGAUAUGGAUGGCGACGGUGACGGAGAAGACGAGAUCAGCGAAGAGGUGGAGCGGAAAUUUUUGACGUUGAGUUGGUGGAUGUUGCAUGUCGGAUGGAAGGAUGUCGGUGAGAGGGUGAGGAAGGGCGUCGAAGAUGCACUUGACGGUGUAUCCCUGAAAAGCCGAUUGGGUAUUGUAGAUGUCCAUAGGAUUGUGUCAGACAUACGCCGUCGUGUAGAACAUGAGAUCACUUUCGAGGGGACCGAGCGACGGAUAGACUUUCUGUCGACACUAUUGCCUCCGACCGCGGAAAUGACCAACCGGGUUCUCUCCGAAGGCGGAUUCUUUCCGACCCCUACCUUGAACCCCCACUUUCCGCCUCUACCGGGUUCAUCCUCCCCUCCAGAUCCAGACGUGGGACCUUCCACCUCACCGUCUCUUGCAUCAGUCUCGUCGCAUCAUCCCCCACUUCACGCAUCUUCUGCUACGGCUGCAAUCCUACCCUCGUCAACGUCGAUGCCUCCCGCCCGCGACGAAGACCCACAAUUUUCGGCCUUGGUCGAAGAAACGCGUCGAACGAUAGCUUCUCCUGAUUUUGCGCGCGUCUUCGACGUGUGCAUGGAGCGAGCCGUAGAGGUCUUAUUUGACGACUUGGAGAAGGAGGUAUAUUUCCCCAAUUCGAUGCAGCAGCAGUUUGUGGCAUCGGAAGGAAAUAGUGGGGUAUUGCCCGGAGGAGAUGAAGUGAGGAUCAAACUGGCGGCGCUAUUGCCGGGCUUGACAAGGUGGAGCAGGGAAGUGUUAAACGGGCUGCCUAACACUCUCGUUGAUACGUUAACGAAUACACGCGAGACCGUCGCUUUGUCCGCUAUUGUAUUUACAAAGUUUGAGGAUCGGUUCAAUGGAAGAUGA